ACUCGCUCGCCUGCCGAGGCGCCGCCAUGAUGGAGCGGCCCUGGCCGGAGCGGAGCCCGCGCGCGGUGAGUCCGCCGCGGCCCGUCCGGCCGUCCCGCCGUCCCGCCGCUUGUCCCUCGUCCGUCAGUGCCUUCGUCGGACUUGGCCGGCCGGGGGAAGAGAUCGUGGGGGCGGGCCAAGGGCGCCAGAGUCGGCGGGCGCUGGCCGGGAUCGCGUUAGAGGAAGCGCGGGUGGAGACGAAUCCGGGCUCGGGCAGGAGGCGCAUCCCGAGGCCAGCGGCGGGGCCGAACCGGGUAAGCCUGGCCUGUCCACGUGGCUUUGAGUCCUGCCAGUGACACUCAGAGACUCCCUAGCAUCAAUCCAGGUUACCCUCAGAAUGGAUCUCCAGGACCCCGAAACCACGGCACUGUCCAUGUAGGCUUCAAGCCCUACCGUCCCCCCAACACACACACACAACUUCCCGGCGUCCUCAUCAGCCAGGGGUCCACAUUUGGUCCAGACCCCACAGGAGGACAUCGUUCCCCCAACUUGGGCCUCAGACACCCGCCGUAGCCUUAGGUGCCUUCAACUAGGAGUCCCCCUUGGCCCCUUCUAAAUCCCCCCCAUCAUCUCAGCUUCUCCCCACAUAGACUUCAUCCCAGGACCCUGGAGGGUGCUGAGGGGCUGCAGUUCUUCACCCUGGAGUCUGCCUGGGGCGCACUUCCCUGCUCACCGGAAAGAAGGGUAAGGUCUGAGAUCCCAGAGCACGAGGACUGCUUAAAUCCGUGGAGCUGCCAAACGAGCCCUUUUACUUUUUCAGAAAUACACAUGUGAAAGUGUUACUACAGCAUAAGAGUAUUUUUGCCUGUGGUCUCAGCAGGGGUGACGGAGCUUGUAAAUGCCCAGUCAGGCCAGCGGAAUCAAGAAGCAGGCUGGAAGACUGCUGGCAGGGCACAGCCCUCGUGAGUCGCCCUCCCUGCUUUUGUACACCUUUCCUUUCUUCCUGAUUGUAAAACCCACACACGUGCACAUGAAAAGUUCUCCAGAGGAUCAAGAAGGAAAAAGUCACAUGGAAUACUCCUCCACUUUUCACUUGUCAUAAGCAUUUCCCAUGUCAUUAAAAAUCCUUCCUAAAUGUUUUUGUUCUUUUUUUUUUUUUCUUCACAUUGAAGGUCACACAUGAUCAAAAUAACCAUUUAGGGGAGAUUAAGAGAAGUAUAAAGAACAUAGCAUAUGGCUGGCUACCAGUGGCCCUUUUUGGGACCCUCAUAUAUCAUUUCACAUCCCACUUUCCCCUGUACCUCAUAUCAUCCAUAUGUCAUGUGUGCUUCCCUUGCGCAUGUUAUGUUACUGUGUAUUUUGCAGUCAAAUUCUCCACCAUGUGGUGGGAGGGUAAUUGAUCUUACCAAGCUUAACUGUUGGGCACUUUUGUUGUGAUUCUUGGUGCCUAAAUCUUUGUCCCAAUUGCAGAUAAAUUUCACAGCAUGCGAACAUCCAGAAUGAUCUUGAUAUACAAGCUGCCACUUUGCUUUCCAGAAAGGUCGUGCCAGUUUGUACCUUCACUACUGGAUCAGCACAGAGUACAAACCCCUGACUGCUGACUGCAUCUGCCUGCUGCUACCUGUGUUUGGAGCUGCUGGGACUGUCCUGGGAUCCAGCCUGCUUGCCCUCUGAGGCCGGAGAGAUGCUCCCGUUGGCCAAAGCCCUUGCCUCCCCCAGGAGUCCCCAGACCUCAGCCCUGGGGGAGCAGGACAGGGCUUCUCAGCUGGCCAGCCCCGGGGAUGCUGAGGCCUGGCGCCUGCGUUUCCGACAGUUCCAGUACCGCGUGGCAGGUGGGCCACACCGUGCACUGGGCCAGCUCUGGAUGCUGUGCCGCCAGUGGCUGCGGCCUGAGGCACACUCCAAGGAGCAAAUGCUGGAGUUGCUGGUGCUGGAGCAGUUCCUGGGUGCGCUGCCCAGCAAGAUGAGGACCUGGGUGCAGUCGCAGGGUCCUCGCACCUGCAGAGAGGCCGCUAGCCUGGUGGAGGACCUCACACAGAUGUCGCAGCAGGAAGUUCUGGUAUCUCUCACCGACCACCAGGACAGGAGCAUCAGCGAGGAGGAAGACGGGAAGAGUCUGAGGUCCCAGAAAGACCUAUCCCAGGCAUCGGAGCUGGGGCUCCCCCAGGAGGGCGAGUGGCCGCAGCCUGCCCAGCCCCAGCGAAGUCCCCACACCAGGGCGGGGGCGGAGGCAUCCUGCACCCUGGGCUCACUCGGGCUUCGGCCUCCUAGCAUGAAGGCAGACACACAGAAGAUGCUGCAGCAUGGGGUCCCCUCAGCUGCCUGCCCAGGCCUGGGCUGCUUGCCUCUGAAGCCUAGCGUCUGGGAUGAACCUCCCUGUGGGCAGACUGGGGACAGAGCCCUGAGGAACAGACACUCCCUCCCCAGGCUGGCCCAGGACACACCUCAGGCUUCAGAAGAGGGUGUAAGGCAGGCAGGGGCUACCCCCAAGGACGCUGUGCUUAAGGGCACCAGAGGCCAAGGGCCUGCACCAGAGGGGCCCCUGCACCUGAGCCCUCAGCCCAGCCUGGUUGCAGACCCCACCCUCCCAGGUGCUCAGAGCACCAGUCCCCCAAAGAGACUUGGGGACCGCGAUGUCGGCAGCACUCGCCUACCCUUACUCAAAGACACUAAAGCCUCCCCUGGAGAAGCGGGACAACCGGCUGCUGCCCCCUCCUCGGGGAGCCCAGCAGCAACCCAAGUCCCCUCAGGGACGCGGCCCUUCGCGUGUGCCGAGUGCGGGGAGGUCUUCACCUGGGUCACUCACUUCAUCGAGCAUCAGAAGCGCCACCUGGAAGAGGGGCCCUUCCCGUGCCCCGAGUGCGGCAAGGCCUUUCUGCACGCUUCCGUCCUGGGGGAGCACCGGAAGAUCCACCUGCUGCAGCAGCCGCGCAAGAAGCCCCGGCGCGGCGGGGGCGAGGGGCCAGGGGAGGCCGGCCCCUUGGAAGCGGCCGGGCAGGCUCAGGACACGGACGGAGACCCGCGCGGGGAGGCCGCUGGAGGAGAGCGGCCCUUCGAGUGCGGCGUCUGCGGGAAGGCCUUCCCCUGGAUGGUCCACCUCCUCGACCACCAGAAACUGCACACUGCGCAGUGAGCGGACGCGCGCCCCGCGCGACAGCGACC